CAUGUUACGUCACAUUCAGUCGCUCCAAUCUGUUAGCUGACGUUUGUUAGCGUGUUGAACAAAAUGGAAAGCUUUAAUUCGGACUGAAACAUGAUCGCCUUUAGUGUACACGCGUUAGGGCUCAUUAAGAAGAGUUAGUGGUCAUUAGGAAAGGUUUAUCCAGUAACGGUGUAGUAUUUUAGUGACCGGUCCUGUGACCUGACGUUAGUGUUAGCAAUGGGGCGAAAAAAACAGCUCGAGCGACAAACCAACAGAGGCAAAGACAAGCGACACAAAAUGAAAGGAAAGUCUUUGGAAACGUUCACAGAAGAAAUGCAGGAGGUUUUGGAAGCGAGUAAAAGUGCAGAGUCCGAGGAGGCGGCAGUGAGUGUGAAGUUGCCCUGUCCUCUGGCAAUGUGGGAACUGGGUCACUGUGACCCGAAGCGCUGUACUGGACGCAAACUUGCACGGAAAGGCCUGGUGCGCUGCCUCAGACUCAACCAGCGCUUUAAUGGCCUUGUCCUCAGUCCCAUGGGCAUCAAAUACGUUACACCUGCUGACAGGGAGAUCGUGGCUGAGGGAGGAAUUGCAGUGAUCGACUGUUCAUGGGCGCGGCUGGAGGACACGCCCUUCAGCAAGAUGAUUGGCUCGCACCCAAGGCUGUUGCCUUAUUUGGUGGCGGCCAACCCUGUGAACUACGGCAAGCCGUGCAAGCUGAGUUGCGUCGAGGCCUUUGCAGCCACCUUCUGCAUUGUAGGUUUUCAGGACCUGGCUGUGCUCCUCUUAAGGAAGUUUAAGUGGGGUUUGGGCUUCCUCAAGCUGAAUAAAACACUUCUAGAGCAGUACGCCACCUGCAAAUCAGAGAAGGAGCUUCUCACAGUCGAGAAAGAGUACCUCACCUGCACUCCUUUAGAGGAGGAAGAAUUAGAUCCGUUUGACGUGGACUCCGGGAGGGAGUGUAUGAACCUCAACAGACCACCGCGAGCGGAAGAAGACGACGCCGAAAGCAGUGCUGCUGAGACGUCUGACGAUGAUGAAGAAGAAGAAGAAGAAGUGGAGGAGGAGGAGUCUGAAAAAGACCUUGAAGAAGAGAGAAAAGAGAAGCAGUAGUGAAGAAGAGGAGUGAUGCUGAAAUGCAGAAAAGCAUUUGGGUGUGUCCCAAACUUAUAGAGCUUAAUCAAAGAUCAAAGCCAUUUUGACUGAGGUCAAGAAAACCCACGUUUUAGGAAUGUUUAAGGUACAGGACGGUGUGUUGCUGAUAGUUUUAGAUAGUGGUCAGACAAGUGUGAUCUACAGAGUUUCACUGGAAAUUCCUGACCGUUUUGGUCUGUGUCUAUUUAUGACCUCUCUCUCUCUCUCUCUCUCUCUCUCUCUCUCUCUCUCACUCACACACACACACACACACACACACACACACACACACAGGCAUACGGUCAUGGUGAAUUGGAGAAUUUCCGAUGUGCAAUCACAAGUCACGUAUGAAAUUAGUGUCUUUCAGGACGCAGCACUGAAACAUAGAGCCAUUGUGCAUUCGGACACUUUUCUAAUCAUCUGUGUUUUUAGGACUGAAGGAUGUUCAGAGACUGAAGUGUGUUCAUACAGUCGGCUGUACAAUCGUUGGUGUUACUUUUACACUACGAGUAAAAGUAAAAUGUACUAUAAUGCAAUUAUAUUUUUAUCAAUAAAAAAAGUGUGUACGUGCUGGAAA